AUGGCUCCUUCCCGCGGGGCCGCUGAUGGCUCUGCUGUCCCCACAGAGCCGCCAGGACGCCGUGCCCGGGGUGACAGCCCUGUCCCUCUGCAGCUGCCGCGCUCCCCGCCCAGCCCGGGCCACCGCAGCAGCGACAGCUCCGUCUGCACCGAGGACUUGGCUGCCACAUUUUGGGAGGGAAUGGUGGAGCCCCUGCUGAGCCGGGAGGAGCCCGCUGGGGGUGUCCCCAACGAGGGAGCUCGGCCCGGGCAGGAGGAGCCCUCGGUGCCCGCAGGGGGAAGCCGAGAUGUGCGGCCACCGCCAGUCACGGAGCCGGGCGGGCUCUCCUGGAGGGACAGGGACAGCUCUUCAUCCCCGAGGAGGAGGAGGGGGAGCCUGGAGUCUCUGGGAGCCAGGAUCUCCCGGCUGAGCCGGAGCCCCGUGGGGAUGGUCUGGGGGGUUCCCGGUCGGGUCCCCUGUGCCCAGCCAGCCCUGGGCCGGAGGCGCUGUCCCCGUGGGGACCCGGUGGCCACGGCCUUGCCCGGGUGYUCCUGGAGAACUGUGGGGAUCUCUGCGGGCAGGAGCAGGGCUGGCACAAGGACGGGCUUCCCUGGCAGCAGUUUAACCAGUGACAGAAACAGGGGACAUGCCACCAGCGAGGCCCUGGGCCCGAGGCGACAGGAGCCAGCAGCUCUCUGGGGACGCKCAGGGAAUGUCACCCCGGCUGUGGGUGACCCGCACAGGGAAGGAGCAGGCGGCAGGAACGGUGCUGGAGCAGCAGCAGGAGUCCACGGGCAAUGGGGGACACCCGUGUCCCCAGGAUUGCGUGGGGACCUGAAAGUGGGGCUGCUCUGCCAGGGGGUGGCGGUGUCACCGCGCCGGUYCCUGCGGAGGAGCCGGGAGGGGACACGAGAGUCGGGAUCGGGUGCCGAGUCCCGGAGCCACGGGGACAGAGCCAGGUACGGAUGGGGCUCCAGGAGUGGCACCUGCGCCGAGGCCGAAGCGGGAGAUGGCCCCGGAGCCCAGGAGGGGAGGGCAUCCCGAGGGCCGASGGUGUGGUGACAGCGUCCCUGGCACAGGGCUGGCCUGGCACUGCUGGGACACGCCUGGGACACCCGUCAGCGCUGCCACACSGAGCUGCAGAGCACGGUGAGGUGACCCCGGAUGGCCCAAGUGGGGACAAACGGGAGGGGCUGUGCUGGGCCCGAGUCUGCUC